AUGGCAGACUGUAUAGACAAAAAUAUCUCCCAUCAAUAUGCUGAUAUUGACUUAACUUUUGUUUGCAAUUUAAAGAAUCGGAUGGUUGGUGAUCAAAUAUGCAAAUUACAAAUAUUUCAUAAGGAUGCAAAGUUGAUCUAUAAACUAAUUGGUAUAGAUUACUCUGAUACUAAAUUAAAACUUGAAAGUUUGGAUUUGCUUUUGAGUCUAAUGAAUUUGGAUCCAGAUAUUCGAAAUCAACUUGACUUUCAUUAUGCCGAUACUGUUGCUAAAAUAUUACAAUCAAUAGAGUUAAAUGAGGAUUGUCCUAUUGAGUUAUGCUACAAGACAGCUAAAUUGGUUAAUUUAUGUCUUAAUAACUGUGAUAUACACUACAAAACAGAUUCUAUUGAUGUACAUGGGUCUGUUCCCGAAUGUUUUGGUAAGCUCUUGUCGUCCUAUUUAAGCGAAAGCCGACCGAUGUGCUCAGACGAACGUAGCGUACUUUGGGCUUCAACGAUUUUUGAAUUGUCGAUAUUGGUUUUGAAAUGUGGACAUGAGGAUCGUCUUCCGCCGGACGUAGUAGAAUCUUUGGAGACAUUGUUGCUUUCUAUCGUGGAGACUUAUAUCCCUCAAUUGGAUUGCAAAUAUGUUAUACAACUAAGCAUUCCUCAUAAAGCGCACCAAGAGCCGUUUCAACCGACUAGUAAUAAGGGUCUUUACCCUAACGAACCGCUACCAUUUACUAGCGCUCCGAAUGGUGUAGAAAUCUACAACCCAUUAGAUGAGGCACUCUUCUGGCUAACAGUUGUAUUAUAUGUGGAGACAUUUAAAGUUAAUCCUACACGAUCAAACCUAUGGCUCAACACCUCAUUUACUAUAUUCAUUGCUAGUCUAUUGAAAUCUAAUAAUAUCAAUUUGAGAUCAUGUGCGGUAUACUUCCUAUCUACCCCAUACUUCUUCAAUCCCAAAAACAAGCUUCCAAUGCAGCCUUUACAGUUGUGGUUACCUACACUAAUUAACCUUGUUAAUUAUAGUGAUGUUCCAUGGUGGCUUUCUCCAAUAGAUACGAUCACGAAGCUAAUUUCAUAUUUUAACAGUCAAAAUCCGCUAAACAAUGAAGUCAUUGAAUUUCUUUAUCGCACAAAUAUUCUCCAUGGGUUAAUAACUGUGUUUGUUAAAUGCUUAUCUUUAGACUACCAAACCGCUGCUUCUUUGGCCACAAUUACCUCGUAUCUUAAGUUGUUCUCUCAGGUGACAAGCAACGAUGAGAAGUGCCGCCUAUUGUUAUUGGAAGAUGGUCGCCUAAUGCAACAUUUAGAGCAUGCGUUACAGACUCAUUUGGAUUUGUUGAGCAUGUUUUUAUUGAAUACUGAAAAAAUGCAACUUUCCCUAUCACCAGAAGACUCGAUGCCACCAUUUUACACAAGCAAAUUAACUUUGCAAUGGGUAACCCUCUUAAAAUCAUUUUCUAGGAGUGUAAACUCGUUACGGACUAGAUUAAGACGGACACUUCUCGGUGACCAAUUGCUGCAAUUAGCGGAGACAAUAUACACCUUGCUAAAGCGUGCCAGCUUCGCUAGUGACGAGCUUUUAACCGCGGAAAUGGAAAUUUUGGCUAUGGUUUUUGCUGUAAUUUCCAACUUUGCGAUGGAGUUCUCCAACUUACAGGUGUACAUGGUUAAACAUGGUGUACUGCAAAUGGCCCAUGAUAUUUUAGUUGAUCCGAUAUUUAAUGACCAGGCCAUUUGUAACGAAGAAUAUGAACUUUACAAGCAGCGGUUCCCACCGGCUAACAUCGGUGCAGUAAAAGUUAACGUCCUUUGGAUGCUAAAGCAUCUAAUAUACAACUCUAGUACGGAGGAUAAACUUGAUCUAUUAAAGGUUAUCCCAAUGGACACGAUACUAGAAUAUAUCAAUGACAAAAACUCAGCAGUGCAAGAGCAGUGCUUUCAGCUACUUCGGAAUUUAACCUGCAACUCUAGAAAAGUUAUUAACAUGCUUUUGUAUCACUUUGUGGAUAAACAGUCUCAGGUUAACUGUGAGGACACCGAACUCUCCAAAUACGUUAUGCGUUCAACCUACCUUUUCGAGUUCCUAACCCACAAAUUGCGUACAUUAGAUCCUAAAAACUCUCAUCAGAUGGGUACCAUUGUCUCUAUUAUUCACAUUAUUGUCAAUUUUACAGUGAUAAACGAGAGCAAGCGGCACAUGGUCAUAGAACAAGAGGAAUUAUUGGAAAUAGUUAAGACAAUACUAUCCGAAUCGAGAGAAAAUUGCAGCAGGUACUGUAAUAACGAGGAGGCCAAGUUAGGCUGCAUUUGGAUGCUAACGAAUCUCAUCUGGAACUCAUCGUUCAGCAGCUAUACUCACAGUGCCCCUAUUGAGUACACGCCGACUGCUCCAACAAGCGAUUCGUCUAUAAGACAUCCCUCAGAUUUGCGGUCUGCACGUUUAGAAGCGACAACAGGUGCCUCAUUUUCAGAUGACUCGGAAGAUAAUGCAGAUGCAGAUGAUGAAGGAGUUGAUGUUGAUGAUGCUGAGUUCGUGCGUUUCCCGGUGAGUUCACCAAAUGCCAGGAAUCCGGCACUUACAAGGUACAGAAGGUUAGAAAAGAUUGGAUUCUACGAACUAAUACAUGAACGAACAUUUGAUGAAUUCCUGAAUGUGCGUGAGAGAGCAAGGACUCUAUUGUUCCAUAUGGAUAUGUUACGGAAAGGCGGUUCAAAUACUUAA